AUGGUUGGAGUCCCGAGGAGCAAAGGAUGCCAUUUGUGCGUCAAGCGACGGGUCAAAUGCGACGAGACCAAGCCGCAAUGCCACGCCUGUGUCCGGUACGGCGUUGCGUGUCCCGGCUACGAUCGCACAGUCAAGUUUGUCAAUGAGAAGCAUCAAGUCCGCCCGCGAGUCAAGUCCAAACCGCAAAAACCCUCUUCGGCGCCAUCAUCUGGGUUGGGUGCUCUCUCCGUGGCGCCCGGGACAGAGGAUGAGUCUCCCACGGCGCGGCCAGGAAACACCUCGCUGUCUACAACCGUCGUACUUUCUCCCACAGCGCUGUCCCCUACAAUCGAUCGCGCGCAGUUCAUCUGCACCAUGCUGGACACGCUCUACACGACGGCAUCACGCAAGGAAAUCAGCUUCCUCAAUCCCUGGUUCGACGGCAUCCAGGACCAGUUCGGUGCAAAGGCGACCCUGGACAGCGCCGCCGCGUCGCUCAUCCUCCAUAUGCUUGGCAAGGCCACAGGAGACACCCGGUUAGUCGGCGAGAGUCGGUCGCUGUACGGGCAGUCGUUGAUGGCCCUGCAGUCGGCCCUGAAUCACAAGACGGAGUGGAAGGCGUCGGAGACUCUCAGUGCGUCCACGGUGCUGUGUCUUUUUGAGCUCUUCGCUGGUACAAAAAGCGCCGUCAGCUGGAUGGAACAUGCCAAAGGAGUGACAUGGCUCAUUCAGCAGCGGGGGCCCGAGUGCUUCAAAGACGGGUGGGAUCGAGUGACGUUUAAGAAUUUCCGUGCCCUGGUGAUCAUGAACUCGAUAUUUUCCGGGGAGGAUUGUUUUCUGGUCCAAGACAAGUGGCAGGACGUAAUGACGGAUGGUUCGGCGGGCAGUGGUCGGGGGAUGUUGGUCGACGCUCUCACGGCGAAACGAUCGAAGGUGACAGACGAGUACUUUGCUCUACUGGCCAAAAUCCCCAGUGUCCUGCGCCGCGCAUAUCCAUUGCGAGAGGCGAGGAAAAAGGGAUUGGAGGUUGAUACCACCACUGUUGAACGUCUGCGUAGGUAUGCCACUGGCCUUUGCAGAGAUUAUCUUGCAUUCGAGAAGGAUAUCAGGCAAAUCGUCGCGGAUCCGAUUGAUGUGCCGUCCCAAGACCUCAGGUCGCCUUUCGCUACUGUAUUCUGGUACGAAAACCCCUGGGUCGGGGCAUUGCACAUGGGCUACUGGGCGUCCAUGCUCAUUGUGCAGGAGUGCCUCCUACACUGCAACAUGGCAAGCCUGGAUGGGAUCCGGUUUACCGACUCGAUCCCAGACAUGGCCAGUAAGAUUCUCCGGUCGUUUGAGAACGUCGGCGGAGGCAUCAUGGGUGGCUACCGCGUAGGCUACGCCAUGCGGGUGGUCUACGAAUUCGUGGAUCUGCCCACGCAGCUAUGGAUCACAUCCCUCCUCCAUGACUACGAAGGCACGUAUGCAGGGCUCCAGGUGAGCGCGUUCCCAGCGCCAGAGCACGUCGAGGGCAGCGAGCUGCUGCCCAAGUGGCUGUCCCAGAUGCGCCCGGAGCUCUAG